AAAAAAUCAAAGACGGCUCUGUUUUAGUUAAUAGAUAUGAUAAUCUGUCCUUGUAUCUUAGGGUAUAAAAAAGCCGACACACCUUAAUUCAGUCAGUCAUGUAUUCAUCUGAUUAAUCAGUGAGGUGUUAUAACAGGAUAUUUUUACAUAUACGAAAUAUUUUUUUCUCUUUGAGUACAGAUAGAAUAGGUAACAGGCGAUGAAGGGAAUAUACCUAAUCGCCAUCGUCCUCUUGACAUCUUGGACAGUGAGCGCCGCGAGUAAAUUAUCGAUUUUCUUUGAGGCUGACAAUGAAUGCCCGGUGAUUGAUACUUGUCCACCAAAAUUAAUACAUCAUGAAUCGAAUUGCUCUCGAUUCUAUAUAUGCAACGGAGGUGUAAAGCAAAUACAGGAUUGCGCGCCUGGUCUAUACUUCAGUCUAAGAUGGCGCGGUUGCGUCAAAUUGGAGAUUUCAGAUUGCCAAACUCCUCUUCCUCCUCCUCCUCCUUCAACUUCAACUACUCCAUCUCCUUCGAGAGAAUGUGAAAAGGAUGGGCAAUUGCUGCCACACGAAUGCAACUGUACCGUUUAUUACCAGUGCGUAAGUGGUCUCAAAGCCCGACGUGAGUGUCCACCUGGCGAAGGUUUUAAUAAAUACAGGCGGAUUUGCGAAGUAGGUGGUUGCGAGGCUACGACAACGCAAGAGCCGACAACAUUGCCAACGACAACGUCAACGAACUCGCGAAUUUGCGAGGAGGGUACACUUUCACCGCACGAGUGCCAAUGCGAUAAAUACUACGAGUGCAUAAAUGGACAGAAGGCUUUGCGUGAAUGCGGAAAGGGACGACACUUCGAUAAGGAAAAGUUAACUUGCGUUGACGGCGAACAUUGCGGGAUAUGCAAAGACAAGGAUCGUAAGAAACACGAGUGUAACUGUAACCAAUUUUAUGAAUGCCAGGGUGACGUCUGGUAUGUUAGAACAUGUGAGAAGAAUGAACAGUAUGACGAAUCUGAAAAAAAAUGUAUAAAUCUUGGCGCUUGCGAACGCGAGGGUAGCAUCACGAGUCACCAGUGCGACCCCAGAUUAUGGUACGAAUGCAAAGGUAAAAUAAAGAAACUACACGAAUGCGAGUGGGGACAACACUUUAAUGGGACGCAAUGCAUUCCCUUGUGUAAAUUAGAGUCCAUGGAAAACUAUGAACUGUAAAAAUUGAGACAACUGGGCAAAAAUGACUAUUGAUUUUGGAUAUGUAAAGAAAUUGAGCAAAUUACUUGUUAAAAUUAUGUUAUUGUAUUUGUAGGAGUAGAUAAUUUGGUUAAGAUAUUUUAAUAAAUUUAAUAAUCUCAAAAAUCUUGUUAAAACUUUCUUUACUAGUUCGAACCUCUACUAGUGCAUGCCAUAUUAUAACUAAUGAAUAUUAUGACUAAUUGUUUUUAAUUCAGAUAAAAGAUUUAAAAGAAC